AAAAAUGACAACUCCCAAGAACAAGAUGGACAAAGAGAAAGAAAAGGACAAGGAAAAAAAAGGCACAGGAAGAAAGGACUCCCUCCCGGAAGAACUGGGUGCCAAGGAGCCAAGCACGAAGGACCUAAUGAAGGAAAUACUAAAGCUGCAAGCAGUCGUCACCAAAAUGCAAGAAAACCAAGACAAACAAAAUAACACAUUUAAAGAGGAAUGGAACGAAAUGAAAAAAGACCUCAAAGAAGAUCUUCAAAGUGCCUGGAAAAAAGACAUAACAGAAGUAAGAGCAGACAUGGACAGUUUAAAACAAGACAACAAGAACUUAACGAAAGAGAACAAAAACCUAAAGGACCAACAAAUAGAUUUAAAAAAGAAAAUCAACACCUUGGAGGAAACAGUAUCCACUCUUAAACAAAAACAGGAGAAUCAAGAAAUCCAGGAUAAAGAAUAUCAACUAAGAAUCCGGAAUUUAGAGGAAGUAGAGAACGAAAACAUCAGAGAAGUGAUAACAGAACUGAUAUCGCAGAUAUGGAAGAAAACAAAAGAGAUAACAGAAGCUAAUAUAGACCGAGUCUUCAGAGCCCACUCCAACUAUGCCAAAAAGUACAAAGCUCCAAGAGAUGUGGUGGUGAGCUUUGGGAGGAAGAACGCCAGGGAUGAAAUACUGAAAGAGAACGCGUCGAGCCCAACAUACUACAAAGGAAAGAGAAUUGUGGUCAUGAAGGAAAUACCUUUCUCCAUUCUAGAACGUCGACGUAAAUAUUCCUUCCUGACUGAAGAGCUAAUACGAAAAAACAUCAGAUUCAAAUGGGACAAAAAAGACGGGAUAGUGGUAACAUGGAAUGACACAAAAUACUGGCUUACUUCAGAACCAAAAGCCAGAGCUUUCUGGGAGAAGAUGCAGAAAAAUGAGAACAUAAACAAUCAAGGCAAUAGUAACACCGACAGCAAAACAGAUACCCCACAAGAUGACUACAGUGAAGAAGAAGGUAGCGAUGAAGAAACCCAACCCGGACAAGACAUAAGAAGAAAAGGGAGAAAAAGACCAAGAAAGAAGUCACCAAAAACACAAACACCAUACUCUGACUCGGCAAGAGUAAGUUCUGAAACGGAAAAAGAAACAGAAAGAACCCAUGACCCCGAAAAUUAAGAUUCUCAGUCACAACGUUAACGGCCUAAAUUCACCAAAUAAAAGAAAGAAAAUUUUGCACCAUCUAAAAAAAGGGAAAUAUGACAUCAUUUCUUUACAAGAAACACACAUCAUACAGAAACAUAGCACACUAUUAGAGCAUAAAAAACUAGGGAAAUUGUACCAAGCAUCCAACAUAGAAAAGAAAAGAGGACUAGCAACUUAUGUAAAAGAAAACCUGACCUCUGAGCUAGCCUUCAAAGAUCAGGAGGGCAGGAUGUUAGGAAUAACAGUGGAAAUAGAAGACAAAAAGGUCCUAAUUUGCAACAUAUACGCGCCCAAUGGGGGCAAGAGCGGUUUUGCUGAAAAAUUAAAAUCCAAAAUAAUAGACCAGGAAUUUGACGAGCUCCUAAUAAUGGGUGACUUCAACGGCAUUAUAGAUAAGGAUGAGGAUAAAUCCACCAGAGCAGGAAAUAGACCACGAAAAACAGCAGGGGAGUUACCCAUUAGCUUCAAAAAGAUCAUGGAGGAAUUUGAAUUAGUAGACAUCUGGAGACACCAGCACAAAAAUGAAAGGGACUAUACUUUCUUUUCCAACAGGCACCAAGUAUGGUCACAAAUCGACAUGGUCUGGGGCUCCAAAGUGAUGCUUCCAAAAAUAACCAAAACAAAAAUACUCCCAAUAUUAAACUCCGAUCACGCUCCGUUAGAGAUAAUGAUGGAGGAAAAAGGAAGUAGGACAUUCAGUUGGAGACUAAAUGAAGGUCUAAUAAAAAGAGAGGAAGAUCAAAAGAAAAAUAAAGAACUACUGGAAGAAUUUUUCAGAUUCAAUAAAGAGAAAGACACUAAAAUAGAAGUAAUCUGGGAUGCUUGCAAAGCUUAUAUGAGGGGUCACUUAAUUGAGCAAAACACAAGAAAAAACAAAAAGAAAAAAUUAGAAACAGAAAAAUUGGAAAAAGACCUAGAAACAAUAGAAAAACAGCUCAAAGAAAACCCCUCCAAUAAAAAACUAUGUCACCAGGCAGAGAUA